CUCUAAUCCCAUAGAUUAAGCAAAUCCAUUUUUCGUUAAAUCAGUUGAGAUCUAUACGGUGUAGGGAAAUUUUCUCCAUUGCAUCUGCUCAUCUUCUGAAAUUUCUCAUCAGGAGAUCAUCAAACCUUUCUGAGAUAACGGAAGAUUCUCGUCGAUGACUUUUCCGUUAAGCUGCUGAAGAAUCUCCAUACGGAUUCAAAGACAGAUACAUUCCUUGCUCGAUUCCGCGGCAAAAGGACUUUGGAAAUAAGAAGAAAACGAAGGGAUUUCUUCAUUUGAAGUUGAAGGAGCAGUGCCAGCAGCAUCAGGUGUUGAAAAUUCGGGUUUAAAGAAUCGCAUUUAUAGACGCUUUUGUUCACUUGCCUAUUUGUUGUUGUUAAUCAAGGAAGAGAGGAGUUUUGAUCUGCUUUGAUCGUAGUCAUGGCGAGAGCAUUACAGACGCCUUCUUCUAUGCUCGGAUCCGUUGACCUGUCUUUGAAGAUGCCACUUCACCACGACAGGGUUUCGGUUUCUGCACGAUCUUCGUCGUCGUCUUCUUUCUUUGGUGAAAGAGUUUUAAAGAGCAGGGUAUCCGGUCAGCUGUUGGAAAAUCAUAGUGUCUGCAGGGGAAGGGAUGCCAGGGUGAAAAGCUUAGUGGUUAACUCGGUUCUUGCAGACGUUGCGAACGAGUUCAUGACCUUGCAGGCACCGAUGUUUACAGACCCACAAGCGGAUCCUAAAACUGUUGCCUCAAUCAUAUUGGGUGGUGGGGCUGGAACACGACUUUUCCCUCUAACUGAAAGAAGGGCCAAGCCAGCUGUGCCAAUUGGAGGUUGUUAUAGGCUUAUUGAUGUUCCAAUGAGCAACUGCAUUAAUAGUGGAAUAAACAAAAUUUACAUCCUUACCCAAUUCAACUCGCAAUCUCUCAAUCGUCAUCUUGCUCGAACCUAUGAUUUUGGGAAUGGUGUUAACUUUGGUGAUGGAUUUGUUGAGGUGUUAGCAGCUACCCAGACACCUGGUGAAUUUGGAAAUAAGUGGUUCCAGGGAACGGCUGAUGCUGUACGACAGUUUAUAUGGCUCUUUGAGGAUGCCAAGAAUAGACAUAUAGAGAACAUCCUGAUAUUGUCCGGCGAUCAUCUUUAUAGAAUGGAUUACAUGGAUUUCGUGCAGAAGCACAUCGAUUCGGGUGCUGAUAUAUCUGUUUCUUGUGUCCCAAUGGAUGACAGCCGUGCUUCUGAUUUUGGAUUAAUGAAGAUCGACGAUACUGGUCGAAUCCAUCAGUUUCUUGAAAAACCCAAGGGUGAAAGUCUAGAGUCCAUGCAAGUGGAUACGACUGUUCUAGGAUUGUCUGCUCAGGAUGCAAAGAAGUUUCCAUAUAUUGCCUCAAUGGGGAUAUAUUUGUUCAAAACAGAGGUUCUGCUAAAGCUUCUAAGGUGGCGGUAUCCGACCGCUAAUGAUUUUGGAUCAGAGAUAAUUCCAUGGGCUGCUAAAGAUUACAAUGUUCAGGCAUAUCUUUUCAAUGGCUAUUGGGAAGACAUUGGAACAAUAAAAUCAUUUUUUGAUGCAAAUUUGGCACUCACUGAUCAGCCUCCCAAGUUUUACUUUUAUGAUCCACUGAAGCCGAUCUUCACAUCUCCUCGGUUUCUACCACCAAGUAAAAUAGAGAAGUGCCAUGUUUCGAAUUCUAUAAUUUCUCAUGGUUGCUUCUUGAGGGAAUGCAGUGUCGAACAUUCCAUAGUAGGGGUUCGCUCAAGACUAGAGUAUGGAGCUGAGUUGAAGGACACCAUGAUGAUGGGUGCUGACUAUUAUCAAACGGAGGCAGAGAUUGCAUCCCUCCUGGCCGAAUCAAAAGUUCCAAUUGGUGUUGGAAGAAACACCAAAAUUAGGAACUGUAUUAUUGACAAGAACGCCAAGAUUGGGAAGGAUGUUGUCAUAUCAAACACGGAUAAGGUGGAAGAGGCAGAUAGACCAUCGGAUGGCUUCUAUAUCCGCUCUGGGAUUACAGUGGUGUCGAAGAAUUCCACGAUUCGGGAUGGAACUGUCAUAUAGAGAUCUUUCCAGUGACAGACAUCAACCAGAUAGUAACAUCAACCAGAGAGUAACAUGUAAAUAUCAUCAACACAUCAGAGCUGCAAUAAAACAGAGGUCGAUGCUCAGAGAUGAGAACUGUCUUUUCCUGCUCUCAGUGUACAGGCUCUACGAUGAAUGCAACUGUGCUCUCUCUCUCUCUCUCUCUCUCUCUCUCUCUCUCUCUCUCUCUCUCUCUACCAUAGACUGAAGUGAAUGGCUUAAGCAAUGAGGGUUAACUAAGCAUAAAUCUCAUCGACCAUCCUUUCUGAAGUUUCAGCAGUGAUGAGAUGAUUGUUAUCCAACGCAAGUCUCAUCUAAUUGAGCACUGGGAUAGAUAUUGAAGCUUAAUCCAAUUACAGUGGGUACCGUUAUCUUAUUCUUUGCUUUCACUGGUGGUCUACUUGCAGAGUGUAAAUGUCGUCAUCUUUCAUGUGGUACUGCUACACCAGCAAUUGCAGGCCACCAUCAUUUUGAACUUUGUUGGAACUAUUAUCAUAUCUGUAGAUUGUCUUGUUGGUGUGCCCUA